UAAUCAAUUAAUUGAUUAAUCCAAAAACGUCAUUAAUCCAUCAUGGCCACUUUCAGGACAAAUCGGGACAAAUGCUGGCAGCCGCUUACGUGGCUGGCUGAGGCGUUUACUGUCCUUCCUGUGCGAUCGUAAUUUUGAGAUUUUGUUAAAAUUAGAGCUCAGUUUAACGAUUAAAACAAAUUGGCAAACGCGACUAAAAGUUAUAAUUUUGCUUUGCACUGUUGUGUGUUUUGAGCUAAAAGAUAAAGUGUCAAUUUAUGUGUUUCAUUUGUUACAGAUUUGUGUGUUUAACUGAGAAAUUCUGUUAGUGUUUGAACAAACGAGCUUAAGAUGAGCACACAAAGGCGCCAUUUUUCCAAGGAGACGGCUAAAAAGACUUGUUUUAACGGUUACACGUUAAAUGCACUUUUUACGUUACUGUAGCAUCUUACAUUAUGAACUUAUCACCGAAUGAAGUGUUUUAUUUGACCUAUAAACGUAACAAAUAGCUGGUUAGACCUUUUUUGUAUUAUCCGGACCUGUUGAAUUCCUUCAAAGUAAAAGUUGCCAACAGUAGCCAGUUAGCUAAGAUGCCUGCUGAGUUAAAACAGAGGAAGAAGUCACAGAAACAAAGUGAUGAAGGGUCCGAAACGUCGGCUUCAAAUGUCAUAGAUGAAACGCAAAAGGUGAAGACAGAAGGUGGAAACAACGCAGGAGCGAAUAAAACGUCCUCUGGUUUGGAUAUUAGAGGCUUAAUGUGCUUAUUGUCGCUUGUAGCUUGCGGGGCUCUCAGUUGGAUGGUGCUGCAGCAGAACGAGAGGUUUACUGAAAUUGAGGAGAAGUACAGAUCUUUACACGUAAAGACUUCAAGUCUGUUCGACAUGGAGGAAGAAGUCCUGAAGGUUUCCAAAAAGCUUGCCGCCUCUGAGGACGACCUACGGGAGGCGCUCUCCACCGUCUCCUUGGCGACGCGACUCCAGCAGGAGAUCUCCACCCUCCACACUGCGGUGAUGGGGAUGCAAGCUGAUGAGAACUCCGCCUCCCGUGACCUGCAGGCAGUUAACGGCCACUUCCUCAACGUGACGGAGACGUGGCAGGAGCGUCUAGCUGCCAUCAACUCUGACCUGUCCGCCCUGAAGGCUGAGUCACGGGAAGCUCACGCCACAGCCACAGAGCGGGUUAACGAGGCUGAGCAGAGGGCCCGGGCGUUGACGGAGAAGCUGGAGGAGCUUGAGGCCAGCACAAAGAGGAACGCCCGAGCUAUGGAGCGCACAGAGGAAGACGAUACCAAGCGGGCGCAGGAUCAUCUGGACUGGAACACCAAGCAGAUCCAAACCCUGGAGCAGCAGGUCAGCACCCUGAGCAAAAGAGAGGCGGAGCUCAGCUCUCAGCUCCAGGAGCACAUUCCCCGAGCGCUUGAGUGUGAAGAGCACCUGCCCCAGGUGGAGGAGGCGGUGCGCUCCAUCCUGAAGCUGGCGGGUGAUCUGAACGGGGCAGAGAAACGUCUGGAAGAGGUGACGCUGCAGGUGUUUGGGACUGAAGACAGCAUGCUGAAAGCACUCAGUGAAAUCCUUGAGAUCAGGCAGGAGCUGGACACCCUGCAGGCUCAAAACAGCAUCCUGAAGAUGAAGAAUGAGUUGUCCGUGGUUAAAGAGGCGGUCCGUGAACUCACCAUGGUGCUGAGGGGAGACACUGUCGACAGCCAGAAGGACUCUGAUGCUGUGGAGGAAGAGGAAUGGAAAUACGAUGAGAUGGAGGAGGAUGAGGAGUGGGAAAAAGACGACAUAGAUGAGACAACUCAAACUCCACUCGAUGACCUCACUGAAUGAUGUCAUUGUUUUGAGUCAACGAGGGAGAAGGAGUGGCCCUGUCAGACUAUUGCUGUAAAAGGCUGUCAUAGUUCAGUUAUGUUUCUCAAAACAUGCACCUCAUUUUAGAGCUACAGCUGGUAACUCGUCACUUGCCGACACUGUCACUAGAUUCUGAAAGAAGUACAUGAGACAGUGUGAAAUAAAUCAUGGUCUUCCUCCCCUCCUACUGCCUCUAACUCGCUAGAAUCAGCAGCAUGGUCAGCAACAACCAGUCAGAACUGAGGAGUCUCUAACACAGCUGUCAAUCAUGUCAGUCACUCCUUCUGUGGUGGUCACAUCAACAAGUUUACAGUUGGUAAACAAUGGAGGAGAAACUGGUGGUAGUGCUUGUUGGAUACCCAGAGCUAUACGGCCCGUCGAUAGACAGCAGGUUGUCAAACUGCCCCCUGAGUCGUCCUAAAUUAUGCCUGGAAACAGCCAUCAUGGAGGCGAAGCUCCUGGACCAACUGGUGGUACUCCCCGUGAUCCACCCUCUUUUGCGCGCCUCGCAUUUUACAACCUGCAAAACUCUUUCUGUGUGAUCGAGGCCUUGGAGACUUCUCUGCCCUGAUUGGUUGUUUUAGCUGAGCUGCGGUAGAUUCUAGCAAAUGCCAGAAGGAAGAGGAACAUGAUUUUUUCACAGAUUAUCUGACUAAUGUACUUCUGUCAGGAUACAGUGACAGUUUUAGCAAAUAUUUACAAAGAAAUUUACCAACAACAACUUUAAUAUCAAUACAUAAACUCUGGUACACAUGCACUGUAUUACACAAGUACAAUCGAGAAUAUUUAUUGUAAUAUUUGUUUAUUGUGGAGUGACACAUUUAGUUUUCUUUAGUAAUUUUAUACAAUAUGCCCCAUUACUCUGAUACAGUUACACAACAAUAUAUGUAACUACAUUAGAACUGAAAUGAUUAGUUGAUUAAUCAAUUAGUUGAUCCAUAGAAAAAAAGGGACAACUAUAUUAAAAGAUUAAUCAAAAAGUCAUUUUUCAGGCAAAAAUUAAUUACAUUAUCUGGUCCUAGCUUCUGAAUUUUGAAAUAGUUUCAGCAGGUAACUGAAUAUUUUUAGGUUUUUGACUAUUUGUGGAAAAACAAGCAACAGGAAAAUAUGAUGGACAUUUCAUCAAAAUUCGUUGCAUUUUCUUCAGACAAAAUUAGUCAUUGAUGUAUCCAGAAAAUAAUAGAGAUCGAAAAUAAUCAUUAGACACAGCCCCAAACUUCAUCUCUGUCAGUGUUAUCUUACAUUUGGUACAGGAAUAACUUCUGUAGAUGUGGAAGAAAUCUUAAUAUUAAUGAUGACUGUUAUGUUUUCAUCUUUUGGUUUCACCUGUUGGAAGCAUGGCAGUCAUUUCAUCACUGAAUGUAGUUAAUAAAAUCACAGUUUUUAUUGAAAAUGUUGCAUUUGUGCAGAUUUGUUUUUUGCUCCUAUUUGAUCCUCUUGUGUAUAGAGGCACCAGUUUCCCUCGUGUGUUUCCUAUAGAGGGAAAUGUGAUUAACCAACACCUCCUGAACACACAAGCAUCUUAACACACAAGCAUAUAGCUGUUGUAUGUAUCGAUCCAUGUGCUGUAUGUC